CUCUCGUCUUUGCUAUUAAAAUCGCUGCCAACUUGGUCUGAUUCUAAUCAAAUGCCAACCAACUACAACUACCUAUAAAAAAAACUGUUUGUACAUUUUAAGCUUUUUUAGUGUAAUGCGCUGGCAUCAUUUUUACAUAAAACCUUUGCCGCGUGAAACGAAACGCAAACUCUUGCACUUCCCCCGCCGCCGUACGUAAAGUUCCGGUUGUUUGCGAUCCAUAAUUUGUUGUUUAUUUACACAUUGACUACAUCUUAUAAGUAAGAAAACAUUAGCAAUGGGUGAUAAUCACUUAAUAACUUCCAUCUUUACGGAAUUUCAGAAAACUCUUGACGAGGAGCAAGAAUUGCGGGAGGUUAUCCGCACAGUAUGCAAGGAGGUUGAUCAAAUUUCACGCGAGGCAGUCACAAUUUUGCAGGUCAUUCACCACAGUGAGGAGGGAAUUGCCCCAGCCUGCCAGCAUGCUCGAGAGCUGUUUGAGAAGGCCCGGGCCGGCUACGCCAAGCUGCGGGAGACAGUGCCAGCUACAGAUUACUAUAAGUACCAUGACCACUGGCGGUUCAUGACGCAACGCUACUGCUUCCUCAUAUCCCUGACCAUAUGGCUGGAGAAAGGCAUCCUGGCUACACAUGACACAGUGGCAGAUGUGCUUGGCAUCAGCGCAGUGGAGGAGAAAGAAGGAUUCCAUCUGGAUGUUGAAGAUUACCUAGUUGGCCUACUUCAGAUGUGCACUGAAUUGUCGCGGCUGGCGGUGAACGCGGUGACGCGCGGCGACUACGCGCGGCCGCUGCAGAUCUCCAAGUUCGUCAUGGAGCUCAACGCCGGCUUCAGACUCCUCAACCUGAAGAACGACCAUCUUCGCAAGCGGUUCGACGCCCUCAAGUACGACGUGAAGAAGAUCGAGGAGGUCGUGUACGACCUCAGCAUCCGGGGGCUGCUGCCGCGCCCCGACCCCGUCGCUGUUUAAACAACUCUCCUGUCCUCGUUUCAACAGAUUCACCUUAAACUGUUUAUACAAGGUGCCCGUGAGUAUCGCGAGACAUUUUAACUAAGCAUUCCUGGUAAUAUUUAGAAACUAAAAUGUCAUAUAAUUUUCUGGAUUAGGCCUAGUUUCAGAGAUAAUUAAAUGUUUUUCGAAAUCAUUCUUUCGCCAUAAGUCGGUACAAAACAGAUUUUUGACUGCGGUAUUGCCACUUUGAGGUCUAGUCUAGACAUACCUAUUGAUUGACAUCGAUAAAUUAAAAAAAUGUUUUCGAGAGGCUACCCUCAAAUAUAAAAAAACUUUUUAGUUAAUUUUAGGUUAUGUGUUUAUCAAUAAAAAUUACGUUUUAUGUACAGGAGUGCUCAAAAAAAGGGGAUAAAAAAAAUUUUGCUUCUGUUGCCAUCAGGAAUGUACCGUUAAAAUCUCUCGCAAUGCUCACGGGCACCUUGUAGUAAGUUUAAAACCGUAUGAAAGACUUAUGCGGUAAAAUUUUACAUAGUGUCCACCAAAGUGGUUUUUUCAGUGGUAAUAAAUGAGAAAAAAGAACAGCGGCACCAACUUUGUGGUAACAUCUGGGAAUCACCCGGCGAUUCUGUGGCAUAAUUGUUAAUUAUGAACACUGAAAAUAUUAAUAAGGGAAUAAUUGUCAUCCUUGAUGUUAUGUACGGUUUAUUUAAUGAUAAAUGUCAAGAUGUGAGUGAAACAUGAUGAUGUGGUUGGCAACUGUCGACGGUUUGCAAUUUGCAUAUAUUAUAAAGAAUUCUAAGGAUUAUUUUAACAAGCAGAAACGUCUGCGAACGAUGCUAUUAAGCUUAGAAUCAGGGGUCGGACAAAAAGUGCGCAUGACGUCAAACCACUUAUAGGAUGAUUUCAAAUACAUAGUAUUUUUGAUUUUCAUAAACAAUUAUCACUUAUCAUUUAUCAACCUCUUUAUUAAACCAUAUCGCCACUUGAAAUGAGUAAGUACGUUUUUGACUGACACAUUGUCAAUCAGAUGAACAAUAAAUUGACUUCGUUACUGUUUAGCUAUUGUAUCUUCACGAUUAUAUUUAGCUAAAAUUUAUAUUUACUAAUGUAUAAGAAAACGCUCUAAAAUGUCAUGUCAUCUUUACUCGAAUAUUGUGGCAAUUUUCCGUUUUUGGAGGUACGUGACAAACACGUAUAAUGCUAAUCUUACCUACUGUUCCCACUUUUGACUAUUAAACCUAUUUAUCUGAGGAUCCCACAGACUUGUUCUAACUAAUUUCAAAUAAUUAUACCUUAUGGUAACAAGUUUCGUGAAAUUUAUUUUAUUCACUACAUCACCCUACCACCUGUAUUAUUAAUUCCAUGGAUUUAUUUACGUUUAUUUUGUUACUUCAUUAAUACUACUUUGAUACUACAUGUCACACGGAAGUUUAAAUACAAACUCAAACAUCAUCCUGUGUGUAAGAUUACGUCAUUUUUACGUCAUCCGCACUUUUUGUCCGACCCCUGCUUAGAAUAAAUUUAAAAAUGGAAAAAUUACUGAUUUGGGUGGGAAUUGAACUCACGGCAUCUGGAUUGACACUCCAGUGCUCUGCCAACUGAUCCAUCAAGACCUCAUCCAUAGUCAGCGAAUUUCCAAUAUGACUUGGAACUCUGGUAGCCGUUUAAGCGUAACGCUCUUACGGUAGAUGUCGCCAAGGUCCCCUAGACCCAUAUGGUGGAAAGAUUCGCUGAUGGAUGAGGUCUUGGUGGCUCAGUUGGCAGAGAGCUGGAGUAUCGAUCCAGUUGCCGUGAGUUCAGUCUCACCACUUUUAAAUUAAUUCUAGGGAUUGACAGGUCAAGCUAUGCUAGCGCCAUCUGUAAUAUACUCAGGGGCGGCCUUAGCUUUUGCGAGGCCUGUGUUUAGUGGCAAAUAAAAAGAUUGAUAGGUUGUAUUAAGGAAACGUCUAGUAGAGAGUCCAAAAGCCUAGCAUCGAGAGAAUUGAGCUCGGUAAUGAACUAAACCCAUACACCUAAGUGUUAUGAAGCGAGGCCGAAAGCCGACCUCGGAGCGCCAAAUUUUGAUGGCUUUCCGUGCAAGGUCGAAGGCCGUACAGCAGGAUAAUAGAGCUUGGAAUCGAACUCUCAGAUGGAGGCUGAAUGAAUGGCUGGGAGGAUGGAUGGAGAGCAGCCGAUUCAACGGAGCCACGCCGUUUUGUCGCCUAGUGUUUAGUUGUAAUUUUAUAUAAUGUAUAUGUAUGUUAGUCUGUAAGGUAUUUGUAAUAUAGUGAGCCUCACUAGCCUAGAAAUAAAACGCCAGUUACGGAAAGAGAGACCUAAGCCCUCCUACGUGUACACGUUCAACGCAGCUGGCCAACUUUAUUGUCACGCGUGCAAUAGAGUAUUUAAGAGCAAGUUCGGCCUGGCCAGCCACAUUAGGGCUCACGCUAGACAACGUCCAUAAUAUGUUUAUUUGGGGUCGCCGUCAUCGAAAACGAUGAGGAGGACUAUAUAUAUUUGUAAUAUGGGCCUUGUUGCCUGAAUCAAAUUUUAAAUAAUAACUAACUAUUGUGGCGCAGUGAUCCAAGAGGGUCUUGGCCUCCAAAACGAGAGAACGCCACCUGUCCCGAUCCUGUGCCACUUCCUGCCAGUUAUCGGCUUUGAGUUGGCACAGAUCCGCCUGUACACUGUCGCUCCAGCGGUAUCUGGGCCGACCCACUGGACGGCGGCGAAAUGCCACAGACUUCGCUGGUUCGGCCAUUUACUGAGGAUGGGUGAGGAUCGAGGUGUUAAGCGAGCUUAUUUGGGGAAUUUUAAAUAAUAAUAUUCUUUAUUGUAUAAUAAUAAGAUCGGCCGAGGCUGAGCUACAGACAAGAUCUAAUGGCCAAGUGUUUUAAUGCCAUAAUGCCGAAGGCCGAGCUAGACGAGAGCAGAGCUUGGACGUGGACAAACGGUAGAAGGCCGGACCGACCGAUCCUGGCGCGUUUCCAUGCAAGGACCAGCUGCAGAAAAGAAUAGCCUGUAAAUGAGCCAAUGUUAUCUGGACUCUCUUGCUGCUCAACCUUUGGCACUGCUCGAAAGUGCAACUUUCUCGAAUGUUUCGGGUCUGCAACCGUAUGCAGUUUUGUUUUAAUAAAUUGUGCUUUCAUAAUUGAAGCCGGCAACCCGGCUGGCCUAACGUGGAGCUCGCUCUUCAGCCACCUAGGGCCUUGAAGAUCAUUCUGGCGAUCCGCCAAACCAACACCUUUUAUUCAUGUCCGUGGUUUGCUGUCCUAAAGCUCGGCCAGCCUUUCGGUUCCUUACUAAAAAAAUUACCAUUGUCAUAUCUGAACUCAACCCUCCUGCAGCUCUGCCUAGGACCUCGUAUCAUGGUGGUGGAUUCUUGAGGCGAAGGCUGGAAUCUCCCUCUUGCUAUCCUAGUUUUGGCAUGCCAGUUUUAUAUAUAUAUGUAUACCAAAUUGCUUGCGGCGCAGCAAUACCAAGUUUGACUUCUUAGUUGUUCUUGCAAUUGACUACAAGCAUUUAAGAGUCCGUCUUAGCUAACUCUGCGCCGACUGCUACUCCACGGUAAAAAAAAAUGCUUGGCCUGUUGCGCGAGGCCCACGAAAGCGCGAGGCCCGGCAGUUGCCCCUUUCGCGACCCCCAAAAGCCGCCCCUGAAUAUACUUCGACCGGCCAACCCUAUUAUCAAUAUACUAUCUAGUAUGAUGAAAUUAAUGAGUUAACGCUUAGAUUUUUGUUUAUAAGUAUGGUGAAUUCUAGGAAAUGACUUUAGAUCAUUGACAUAUAUCUAAGGACGAGCCUUACGGGCACUAAGAAUGGUGCUAAUUCAGUGGUGUCACUCGCGAAUUCGGGCCAAUCGUGCAGUCUAACGCAUCUAGUUGUGACCAAUCGCGCGCGUGAUGCGAACUCAUCAACCAAUCGCGUUGUGGCGUUAGACUGCACGAUUGGCUCGAAUUCGUGUGCGUGACACCGCUGUACUGGCCCUAUUCUCAUUGCCCGUGAGGCCCAUCCUUAGAUGUAUAUGUCAAUGCUUUAUAUAGCAUUGUGUACUUAUGUGUACCUAUGAUAUAAUAUUUUUUUUCUAAUAAAUUGAAUAAGAUAACCCGUUAAAGUUAAGAACACAUCUCGUGUAACGUGUUCUAACAAUUUCAGUUUGUGCGGCCAAUUCACUGUCAAUUCAUCCUACUUUUUAACUAAAAUGACAGAUUGGCCUGACAAAUUGGGACAGAAGAAUUGUCAUUUUGGUAUCUUUAUAUUUAAAAAAAAAGUUUAAAUAGUGAGACUGAUCGAGCGCAUUCUUUGUUUGUCUAAUUUAUGUUUAUUACGAAUAAACAAUAAGAUUUUAUAAA